CACAGCCCACCGCUCCCCCUCCCGGUCUCUCCCUCUCCCUCUCCCUCUCUCUCUCUCUCUCUUGCUCCUUAGCUGUUCCCGACUGAUGAGAAGCUUCAGUCUUCUCCACAAGACGGUCCCUUCCCCGGGCCGGCUGCGCUAACACUCCGAUGGAGCUCAACUCCUCCGGCCCGGGGAACUUGUCCAGCCCCGAGCCCAGGGGCCACCGUACGGAGGAGCUGAUCAUCACGUCCACCUUCUGCACUAUCUUAUCCUUGAUGUACGUCGCCGGCAUGGCAGGCAACGUGUACACCUUGGUGGUUAUGUGUCACUCCAUGAGGUACGCCGCGUCCAUGUACAUCUCCAUCAUCAACCUGGCCCUGGCGGACCUCCUCUACCUGUCCAGCAUCCCGUUCAUCGUCUGCACCUCCUUCAUGAAGGACUGGUACUUCGGGGACAUCGGCUGCCGCAUCCUGCUGAGCCUGGACCUCUUCACCAUGCACGCCAGCAUCUUCACCCUCACCGUCAUGUGCACCGAGAGGUACAUGGCCGUCACCAAGCCCCUGGACACCGUGCGGAGGUCCAAAGGCUACCGGAAGUCCAUGGCGGUGGCCGUGUGGCUCCUGUCUCUGCUCCUGACGUUGCCCAUGAUGAUCAUGAUGACGCUGAGGGAGAGCGAGGGCAAAGGGGCGAAGAGGAUGUGCGCGCCCACCUGGAGCGAGGACGCCUACAGGACUUACCUGACGGUACUUUUUAGCACCAGCAUCAUGGCCCCGGGGUUGGUGAUCGGCUACCUCUACACCCGCCUGGCCAGGACCUACCUGGAAUCCCAGCGGAACCCCAUCAGCAAGAAGGAGAACAAGAGGUCCCCCAAGCAGAAGGUGCUCAUCAUGAUCUUCAGCAUCGUGCUGGUCUUCUGGGCUUGCUUCCUGCCGUUUUGGAUCUGGCAGCUGGUGCGGCUCUACGACGUGUGCCCGCCGCUCUCCUCCCAAACCCAAAAGUGCAUUAACUACCUGGUCACCUGCCUGACCUACAGCAACAGCUGCAUCAACCCGUUCCUGUACACCCUCCUCACCAAGAACUACCGGGAGUACCUGAAGAACCGCCACAAAAAGUUCUACCGGUUCACCUCGGCCUUCCGGAAAAGGGGGUCCAGCCUGCAGUGCUCCUCCUGGGGCCGUUCCAUGUCCUCCAGCAACCACUACGACUACGCGUCGGAGUCUAUCGGCAUGACCUGCGUCAGGGACAUCAAGUGACUGCAGGAGCUCUCAGGUUCGGCACCGGCUUCUCGAUCACUGCGGUGCGGGGGGG